AUGUCUGGGUUCGAGGCGCUCGGCUUGGCAUGCUGUGUCUUCCAGACCAUCAGUUUCACCCGUGAGACCGCCGGCGUCUGCAAGGCCAUAUAUCGCGGCCAGAAGACCCCAGAUUCUAUACUUGAAGAAAACGCUACUGCUAUGAUUCAGGCUGCGGAUGAAGUCAAAACAUCCUGCCGCGUGAUAUCCACACCAGAAGAGAAGUGUCUGGCCAAUAUUGCUGGGGAGUGCGCAAAGACUGCCAAAAAGCUCGAGGAAGAGGUGCAAAAGAUCACAAAGCUUCACAAGAAGGGCGAUUUCCUGGCAGCGGCGCGCGCUCGAGCCAGGUCUUUAUGGAAAAGGACAUACAUUGAAGAGCUUGACGGCGAUCUAGAUCGCUAUAGAGGUACCAUGCAGAACCUCCUCAUCAACCAAAUCUGCAACCAAAGUAAGGCUCUUGGGCUGCAACAACGCCAAGACUUUGACAAGCUCGACCAGAAGCUCCAAUCCUUCAUAGCAAAUAUCGCUGCCGGCCGAACCAACAUGGAGGAUCUCUUGCGGACCGAGGGAAAUCUUACUCGAGAGUAUAUUACCGCCGAAGCCACGCGAGCUGCGAAAUUCGUGGAAGCGCACGUUACCAAGGAAGUGCAAGAGCAUGAGCUCAAGGCAGCGACUGUGAAUCAAUGCGAACGUCUCCUCGGAAGCCUCAAGUUCCAAGAAAUGAACCAACGACAGAAUGCAAUUACCGAUCCUGAAGAUGCUACUUUCGAACGCAUAUUUCGGGCAUAUGAGAACACGACCAACGUCGGAGAGACGAUCGAAAAUCGAGAUGUCACCGACGAGGAUGACACCGACGAAAUUGAUGUGGUUUGGCAACGCUUCGUCGACUGGCUCCGAUCGGGCGAGGGUCUAUUCUGGCUCCAGGGAAAGCCAGGUUCGGGGAAGAGCACGCUUGUCAGGUAUAUCAUCGACAAUGAGGCCACCCAAACACUCCUCAACCAAUGGCACUCUGGAACCAGAAUAAUCUCGCAUUAUUUCUGGAAGAUCGGGACGCCAAUGCAGAACAACAUUAAGGGUUUAUUCUGUUCUCUUCUCUAUCAGCUGCUUCAAGACAACGAGAAACUUGUCAGUUUUCUCAUUCGUACAUUUCCAUUCACCGACUCCAAGAACCACCCUCAUGAUUGGUCAGAUAGAGAUCUGGAGCGGGUGCUUCUUGCCGCCCUCAAAGAAAAGGAGGUUGAACAGCCGGUGUGCAUAUUUAUCGAUGGUCUCGAUGAGUAUAACGGCGACUACGGGGACCAUGGUUUGGUGGAAAGAAUCCAGGGACUCAUCGAAUCUGACAAAGUCAAGCUGUGUGUCGCCAGCCGACCAGAGCCUCGACUACUGAAUCGACUCAACAAAGAACCCUGUCUGAGGCUCCAGGAUCUGACUGGGCCAGACAUGAGAGUCCACAUUCAAACGACAUUCAACAAAAUGGUACCAAACGGGCAACUUUCCGUCAAAGAAUUGGAUGCGUUAGCAGAUCGUCUUCUUAUGAAAGCCGAAGGUGUCUUUCUCUGGCUCCGCCUUGCAAUACAGAGCGUUGUACGUGGAAUCGAGAAUGAAGACCCGUGGGAUUUGCUGGUGUCUCGAUUGAUGCAACUUCCCAAUGCCCUCGAGGACCUGUACGCCGAUAUGUGGAAGAGGCUGAACGAAGAUCAGCCUUUGUACCGGGAAUCGGAAGCGACCUAUUUCCAAAUCAUAAUUGGAGCCGGCCAGGAAUACUUCAUCCCAGACGUGGCUGACCACGAUGACGUUCAACUAUGCAUUCCUUACCUCACAUCGCUCUACAUUGCAUGUGCAACCCAACCGACGUUACAAGAAACAAGUCUUCCUAUGAGCAUCGGUACGAACUUUGAAGGUCAACUACGAGAGCUCUGCCGCAAAACCGAGAGCGAGAUACGUACGCGAUGUGCUGGGCUUGUUGAGAUAACCACACCCGAAUCAUUGAUGGAUGAAGGUCUAGCCGAUGAGGAGAAUCCAAUGUGGGAACUGCUCAAUUCAGUUGACCUUAUCCACCGCAGCGCACACGACUUUUUCGUCGACACGGAACAGGGAAAGCAGAUUCUCAGUCAAGGCAAGUUUUCGAGGUCGGAAAUGUACUUCCAGACGAUGAAGGGUGCUUUGUGCUGGAUCCAACUGGUGUCAAAAGCUUUUGAGACUUCUUACGAUAUUAAUGACGUGUUGAAAGAGUUGGCUAAGUCCUUCAAAUUGCAAGACGAGUACAAGGGCUCGUCACAUAGGGCCACGGAGCUUCUGUCCGUCGCGCAGUCAUUCUAUGAGAAAGGAUUUUUGGAUCAUUGGCAUAUUCAAUGGCCGCGCACUCCAUUUCUAGUGCACGUAUUAGAAACAGAGCCGACCCUGUUCGCGCUAGUCGAAAAGAGCAUCGAUGCUACACUCGCUACGGACAUACUCAGAGGAAUAACAUGGUCACAUCUCUCCGAAGCAAACGAACCACGGGAGUUAGCGGCGAACCUGCUUUCUGUUGGUGCUGACCCAGUUGCCGUCAGUCCACGCGCAGUGGGCUAUGGCAGGUUCACUCACAUCUUACGGAGAAACGCAAUGUGGACAUUGCUACACGAAUUUCUCCUCCGUCCCUGGUCACAUGGCUCAGUAACUGCACGCCGCGCUACAGAGGCAGCUGCAGCAAUGUUGGAGCUGCGCCCCGCCUUUGACAACUGGGGGUUGCUGCAACCUUUCAUGCUGACACCAAUUCGUGGUGUUGAAUCAUUCCACACCCCCCACCUAGCGCUGAUCAAGGGCAAGGGAUUUGAAAGCUUUUUUGGCUCGGGAACUGCGGUGAUUCUGGUCCUCGAGGCAAAUACGUCCUUCCUCUUAAAGCACGUCUUGGACAGUUUGUCGACACCCGAUAGAACGGAGCUGGAAUCUAUAGUGCAACAGUUAGAGGCCAGGAUCACCAACCCUGUGGCUCGAGUAUCCUCGUUGUUUCUCGAUCCCAGGUCCGGACAGGGCGGUUGGUUUCGGGUCGUGGACCCAGGCCCAUUCCAGGGCAUCAUCGCGUUAAUAUUCAGCUAUGCGCCAAUGCCUGACGGAAGCCGAGAGGCGGAUUCGAGGCUGCUAUUCCAAAAAUGGCAUGAGAUCGCCCUCUCUCUGACUGAAGAUGCCAAUGUCCUGGAGAGCAUAAAUGAAGAAGAUGUUUUCGUGGCACAGGCUGAUGAAAGGCGGCUCGGGCCAUGCAUGUUGGAGCAAGGUGGCUUUGAUUGGCCUUGUGAGUUUCAAAAGCUGUCUGACUCGGGUCACCACCCCAAGGCCUUUCCGCACCUACGUGCUACAGCUAGGCUCUAUGACUCUACCUCUGGGUCCGACUCUAGCUCUGGCUCUGGCGCUGCUCAAGAGCAUGAUGCAGAGGCUUGCUGA